UAUCCAACCAGAGUUAGUCGACAUCAGCUAAAAUCCGCGAAAGAAGCUCGGAAAGAGAAAUCGUACUCGUACUCGUACUCGAGAGGAAGAUCAAAAAGGCAAGAAGCAGCUAGCCAUGCAGGCCGGGAAGAGCGCCAUGGAAGCCACCAAGGAGGCUGCCGCCAACGUCGGCGCCUCGGCGUACUCCGGCAUGGAGAAGACCCGGGCCGCCGUCCAGGGGCAGGCGGAGAAGGCCACGGCGCACAACGCGUCCGACAAGGAGGCGGCGGAGGUGAGGAUGCGGGAGCGCGUGCGGGGAGCGGAGGAGGAGAAGCAGCACGCCAUGCUCGCCAACGCCGCCGCCAAGGAGCGGGCCAGCGCCGGGACGUAUCACCAGUCGCAGGGCGCGCCGGGGAUCGUGCCGGGCGGCGGCCCGACUGGUGGCAACGUCGAGGACGGCGUCGCGGAGAGCCGGCCGGUCGGCCUGGCGACGGGCACCGGGAGGCCCAGCGCCGCGCAUAACCCGCAUGUUGGAAGCGACUUCCCGCAGGCGCGCGGCACCGGUGGGCAGUACCAGUGAGAUCCAACUACAGCUUGUCAGAUAUUUCAGUGUACGAGAGAGAUUAUUGUGUUGUUAUGAAUAAGUUUCUUUGUGAGAAAUAGUUUACGGGCUUGCAGUAGCAUGUUCCAGAUUUGUAUGUCAAAGUAUGUGGAUCCGUCACAGAAACUCAAUUCGGCU